AUGGGUAAAACACUCGCUGAGCAGAUUGCUGAGCUUACGAAGCCCACUACAGAAUUUGACAUUGAAGAUAACGAGCUUCGUGACAAUGUUUUUGAGAACAAUUCGGACAACAGCGGAGAUGACUUGUCUGAAGAGGAUGAAGAGCUACAGAAGCAACAUUAUGUUAAGGUGAACAAGUCCAAAUUAAGAAAGGACGAUAUAAAUUUGAGUCUGAAGUAUACGGGAAGCAUUUCUAGCCGUAAAGACUUGUAUGGCGACGACGAAGAUGUAGAUGUAGAGGAAGAUGAAGACGACGAUGAAGAGGAAGAGGAAGAUGAAGAUGAAGACAGUGAAGACGAAGAGGGAGACGAAGAUGAAGACGGGGAAGUCGAUUUGGACGACUCAGAAUUGGACCAAGAUUCAGAUGAGUCCCAGGAUGAAGAUGCAGACCAGUUUGACGAACAAAACGAUGUCUCCGAUGAUGAUUUAUCUCACAAGAGAAACAAGCUUAAGCUACUUCUUCAAAGUGAACGUAAACAGAUAGUCAGCAGACUCUCCCAGUCAGCUUCUAACGAUGCCCUCAAGGGUUACUCUGUCCUUCAGCAACACAAAUUCUUUGAUACCAUCUUGGAUUCCCGUAUCAAGCUCCAGAAAUCAAUCACUACCCUGAACCAGUUACCACCUAACAACAAUGUGGCCAUGUCCGAGAAGCUAUACACCAAGAAGUCUAAGAAAUACUUGAAGCAGAGUCAAGAAAAGUGUUUUGAUUUGCUUGACCAAAUCUUCACCUUGCGUAACACAAUGUUGACCAAGGAGUCCAUUUCCAAGACCACAGUUUCCAAGCCAAAGAAGAGAUCUUUGAGCGAAUACCUCAAGGUGACGAACGAACAAGAUUCUCUUUUGAACAAAUACCGUUCAGCUGUGUUGACCAAAUGGUCAUCGAAGAUUCAAACUUCAUCUGGAGCUAGUGCAUUAAAUGCUGGUAAGUUUAAGGCAAUUAACCAAACUUCAGAGCAGCAAGUGGUGAACAACUUGAGUGACAUGGGAAGAUUGAUAAAAAGAACGAAGUUGAACAGGAAGUUGGUCAGACCCUUAGGAUUUGACACCUACUUGAAGGAAAAGAAAGGUGCAGAGGGGAGUGACCACGAAGUAGGAGUUGAAGAAGAUGAAGACGAUAUCGAUAUUCCUAAGGAACAGAACAAUUCCAAGACUCUGUCGAUCGCCGAGUUGGAUAUAAUUUUCGACGAUGAAGACUUCUAUAGAGUCUUGUUGAGCGAUCUUGUUGAUAAGAAGGUGCAAUCUUCAAACCCAGCAUCUGGCUUAACAUUGUCGUUAGCAAGUGCACAAAGGUCCCAAAAAUUGAACAAGAAUAUCGAAACCAAGGCAUCAAAGGGACGUAAGCUUAGGUACCACAUACAGGAGCCAAUUGCAAACUUUGAAGCUCCUAGAAACGGAUGGAAGUGGAAGGAUGAACAGAUUGAUGAGUUUUUCGCUUCGUUGUUGGGCCAAAAGGUGAAUAUGAACGAAGUCGACGAAGAUGAAGAUGAAGAAGACGAAGAAGAACAAGAAGUUUCAGCCGGUGGUAUUAAGCUUUUUGGAUAG